GCCCAACAUGGCUGCAGUGCUGUUGCUUGUUCUUGUGGAGGAGGGAGCGAGGGGAGGAUGCUGAGCUCUCCUCGGGGGCGGCUGAGGCUUGGGGGCGAGGGCUGGCAGGGGCCCAGGAGGGCUCUCCGAAGCCAUGGCUGCCAGGCUGGCGGACUAUUUCAUAGUGGUGGGCUAUGACCCCGAGAAGACAGUUUUGUCAGCCUGGAGGAUGGCAUCUAUCAAAAGAGAGGAAGCAGCCUACCUUCUUUGUGGUGGUUUUGACAGAUAUAAACUCAGAGCGACACUACUGCUCUUGCCUGACUUUCUAUGAAGCAGAAAUCAAUUUGCAGGGCACAAGUGAAACUGAAGGAGAAGAGGAAUCUGGUUUGAUUCAGCCUGCAGAAGUCUUUGCUCCCAAAAGCCUGGUUUUGGUGUCCAGAUUAGAUUAUCCAGAAAUUUUCAGGGCUUGCCUUGGCUUGGUCUACACUGUAUAUGUGGAUAAUCUGAAUGUCUCAUUGGAGAAUCUCAUUGCAAAUCUCUGUUCAUGCUUUGUCCCUGCUGCUGGAGGGUCACAGAAGCUAUUUUCCCUAGGAGCAGGAGACAGGCAGCUGAUACAAACUCCUUUACAUGAUAGUCUUCCUGUUACAGGAACUAGCGUGGCUCUUCUAUUUCAACAAUUAGGAAUUCAAAAUGUCAUGAGUUUGUUCUGUGCAGUCCUCACAGAAAACAAGGUCCUCUUCCAUUCGGCAAGUUUCCAAAGGCUGAGUGAUGCCUGUAGAGCACUAGAAUCUUUAAUGUUUCCUCUCAAAUACAGUUACCCAUAUAUUCCAAUUCUCCCUGCACAGCUCCUGGAAGUUCUCAGCUCACCCACACCAUUUAUUAUUGGUGUACAUUCAGUCUUUCGUAAUGAGAUUCAUGAACUUUUAGAUGUAAUCAUAGCAGACCUGGAUGGUGGUACAAUAAAAAUUCCUGAAUGCAUUCAUUUGUCCCAGCUCCCAGAACCACUUCUUCAUCAGACUCAGAUUGCUUUGUCUCUUGUUUUACAUCCAGAUUUAGAAACAGCAGAUUUUGCAUUUCCUCCUCCUCGGACAGCUUUGUCACAAUCCAAAAUGUUGGAUAAAGAGGUGCGAGGAGUCUUUCUGAGGCUAUUUGCCCAGCUUUUCCAAGGAUAUAGAUCUUGUCUUCAGCUGAUCAGGAUUCAUGCAGAACCUGUUAUAAAUUUCCACAAGGCAGCCUUCUUGGGCCAGCGAGGAUUGAUCGAAAAUGAUUUCCUUACCAAAGUUUUGAAUGGAAUGGCUUUUGCUGGCUUUGUGUCAGAGAGAGGUCCUCCCUACCGAUCCUGUGAUCUCUUUGAUGAGUUGGUGGCAUUUGAAGUAGAGAGAAUUAAAUCUGAAGAAAGCAAUUCAUCAAAAAUGUUAAAGCAUGUCAGAGAACUUGCAGAGCAGUUGUUCAAAAAUGAGAAUCCAAAUCCUCACAUGGCAUUCCAGAAAGUUCCACGACCUACAGAAGGAUCUCAUCUGAGAGUACAUGUAUUUCCAUUUCCCAAGAUAAAUGAAAAUCAAGUUCAAGAUUUAAUCCAGGAAAAUUUAGUUAAGAACCAAAGUGCACCAACUGCUUCUCGUAUAGAAAGGAAAUGUGUUGUACCUGCUGGCCCACCUGUUGUUUCCAUAGUAGAAAAAUCAAGCUCAGUUUUCAACAGUGCACAAAGGCUGGAAGUUGUUAGAAACUGCAUCUCUUUUAUAUUUGAAAAUAAAAUUUUGGAGACUGAAAAGACUCUGCCUGCUGCACUGAGGGCUCUCAAAGGAAAAAUAGCUCGACAGUGUUUGACGCAGGAACUAAGCCUCCAUGUUCAGCAAAAUCGUGCAAUAUUGGAUCAUCAGCAAUUUGAUUACAUAGUGCGAAUGAUGAACUGUACUUUGCAGGAUUGUUCAACAUCAGAAGAAUACAACAUUGCCGCAGCACUAUUGCCACUGACAACUGCUUUUUACAGGAAACUAGCUCCUGGGGUCAGUCAGUUUGCAUAUACUUGUGUACAAGAUCACCCUAUAUGGGCUAACCAGCAGUUCUGGGAAACAACAUUUUACAGUGAUGUGGAAAGUCAAAUUCGUUCCCUCUACCUAUCAGCUAAGGAAGAAAAUCAUCCACAACACCUAAAGCAAAAGGAGAACAAUUUUGAAGGCCAGACUCAAGAAAAGACUGCCAUGGACUUGGCUGCUGAGCAGUUGCGCUUAUGGCCAACUAUCAGCAAAGAGACUCAACAUCAGCUAGUACAAAGUGAAGAAAGCAUGGUUUUUAGCCAGGCGAUCCAUUUUGCCAAUCUCAUGGUGUACUUGCUAGUGCCACUGGAUACCAGUAAAAAUAAACUGUUAAGAACUUCAGCUACUGGAGACUGGGAAAGUGGAAGCAAUAGCAUUGUCACAAAUAGCAUUGCAGGUAGCGUUGCAGAGAGCUAUGACACUGAAAGUGGGUUUGAGGAUUCUGAGAACAAUGACAUUGCCAAUGCCGUUGUGCGUUUCAUUACUAGAUUCAUAGACAAGGUUUGUACAGAAAGUGGAGUUACACAGGACCACAUUAGGAGUCUUCAUUGUAUGAUACCAGGAAUUGUAGCAAUGCACAUUGAAACUUUGGAGGCAGUCCAUCGAGAAAGUAGAAGGUUGCCACCAAUACAGAAGCCCAAAAUUCUACGACCAGCUUUGCUACCGGGGGAAGAGUUUGUGUGUGAAGGUCUCCGUGUGCUCCUGGAUCCUGAUGGCAGAGAGGAAGCAACUGGAGGAUUACUUGGAGGACCUCACAUUCUCCCUGCAGAAGGAGCUUUGUUCCUUACAACAUACAGAGUUAUAUUUAAAGGUGCACCUCAUGAUCAACUAGUGGGAGAACAAACAGUAAUUCGGAGCUUCCCCAUUGCCUCAAUAACUAAGGAGAAGAAAAUUACCAUCCAGAAUCAACUUCAACAGAAUAUGCAGGAAGGGCUGCAGAUCACUUCAGCUGCCUUUCAGCUGAUUAAGGUAGCUUUUGAUGAAGAAGUGGGCCCUGAAGUUGUAGAGAUAUUUAAGAAACAGCUAAUGAAGUUUCGCUAUCCCCAGUCCAUCUUUAGCACUUUUGCUUUUGCAGCUGGUCAAACUGCACCUCAGAUAAUCUUACCAAAACAAAAAGAAAAGAACACUUCCUUUCGCACACUUUCAAAAACAAUUGUUAAAGGAGCUAAACGUGCAGGGAAAAUGACAAUUGGACGGCAAUACUUACUAAAGAAGAAAACUACAGGGACAAUUGUGGAAGAAAGGGUAAAUCGGCCUGGGUGGAAUGAGGAUGAUGAUAUCUCAGUUUCAGAUGAUAGUGAAAUGCAAACUAGUGGUACUUUGAAAGCAUCAGAGAAAUCAACAAUGGAACAGCUAGUGGAAAGAGCUUGUUUCAGAGACUAUCAGCGUUUGGGGUUGGGGACCAUCAAUAAUAGCUCUACUCGCUCCAAAACGGAGUACUUUCGAAUAACUGCCUUGAACAGGAUGUAUUCUCUUUGCAGAAGUUAUCCAGGGCUACUAGUUGUACCUCAGUGUGUGCAGGAUAGUAGCUUGCAGAGAGUAGCUCGCUGUUAUAGACACAAUCGCCUGCCAGUAGUCUGUUGGAAAAAUGCAAAAGCCAGCACACUCCUACUUCGAGCUGGUGGCUUUCAUGGGAAAGGAGUUGUUGGACUUUUCAAAUCUCAAAACACACAAACCUCAGCUCCUGCAUCACUAGAGUCAUCAAGCAGCAUAGAACAAGAAAAAUAUCUUCAAGCCCUACUGAAUGCAAUUUCUGUCCAUUGUAAAAUGAAUGGCAAUAAUACACUUACUAUCAGACCAGCAAUUGCUUUGUCUCCAGGCACUGAAAGGAGGGCUUCAAGAAUAUCCACUGUGUUUAAGCAGGUAGUGCCAGGACAUUUGGAUGUAAAUCUAUCCAAUAGCUUUGCCCGAGGAGUGCUUGGGUACAGAGAUAAAUGUUUCACACAUUCAAAUUCCAAAUCAGGAAGAGUCUACCAAGGUGUGUGGGCAAGUCUUCGGUCCAGCAGUCGGUUUAUCAGCACUCAAAUGCCAUUCCUUGAUGUUGGUGCAAGACUAGCAGGAAAAGAUGGUUCACCUUCAUAUUCCAGCAACAAUACAUAUUUUCAAAACCGACUUACAAGACGCCAAGCUGCUCUCUAUGUCUUUGGCGAAAAAUCGCAAUUGAGGGGCUUCAAACCUGAAUUUGCUUUAAACUGUGAAUUUGUUCCAGUUGAAUUCAGUGACAUCCGGCAAGUGAAAGCUAGUUUUAAAAAGCUCAUGAGUGCCUGUGUUCCUAGCAAUAUUCCUUCAGAUUCUGAAAUAACAUUCCUUAAAGCUCUUGGAGAGUCAGAAUGGUUCCCACAGCUUCAUCGUAUAAUGCAGUUAAGUCUGGUUAUAUCAGAGCUGCUUGAGAAUGGUUCUUCGGUUCUGGUUUGUCUGGAAGAUGGAUGGGAUAUCACAGCACAGGUGGUGUCCCUUGUGCAGUUACUCAGUGAUCCAUUCUAUCGUACACUUGAAGGCUUCAGAAUGUUGGUGGAAAAAGAAUGGCUAUCUUUCGGCCAUAAAUUCAGCCAGCGCAGUAAUUUGACUCUCAAUUGUCAGGGGAGUGGGUUUGCUCCUAUCUUCUUGCAGUUUUUGGAUUGCGUGCAUCAGGUUCACAACCAGUAUCCAACAGAGUUUGAAUUCAAUCAGUAUUACUUGAAGUUCUUAGCAUUUCACUAUGUUUCCAAUCGAUUUAAAACAUUCCUGUUGGAUUCAGACUAUGAAAGACUGGAACAUGGAACACUGUUUGAAGAUAAAGGAGAGAAGCAUGGUAAAAAAGGAAUUUGUAUGUGGGAGUGCAUUGAUAAAAUACACAAAAGGAGUCCUGUUUUCUUCAAUUACCUCUAUACACCAAAUGAAACCGAGGCAUCCUUUCUACAGGUAUUAAAACCAAAUGUAAGCAUAUCCAGUCUUAAAAAGUGGGAUUACUACACAGAAGAGACCUUGGCCACAGGCCCUUCUUAUGACUGGACCAUGGUAAUUACAAAGUGUAGCAUCUUGGAUGAACCUGACCUGAGGGAUGUUUCACCUUCCCACAGUAAGAGGAAAAUUGUUUGGCCAUGCUAUGAUGACAUCAACAAAGUUCAGCCUGAUGCCAUUACUAGCCUAUUAAAUGAAAUUGAAAGAUUGGAAAACAAGUUACAUCAGAACCCAGAAAGAUGGCAACAACUGUGGGAAAGAGUCAAAGUAAAUGUUAAAGAAGAUACAAGGCAGGGCAAUAACUCUCGAAUGUUAUCCUACUUUUUAAAGCAUCGAAGGCAUCCUUCCGGCUCUUCAGCAAUAAUGUCUGCCAAUCUGCAUUCCUAUCAGAAGAGGUCUUUGUUGCAUCUACCAGACAGUGGAUUGGGUGAAGAACAAAAUGCCAACAUAUCACCCUCCAAUGGUGUGGAAAGGAGAGUAACUACGCUGUACAAUCAGUUCACGUCAAAGAAUGAUGAAAAUAGGUCAUUUGAAGGUACACUUUACAAAAGAGGAGCUUUACUAAAAGGCUGGAAACCUCGCUGGUUUGUGCUAGAUGUUACCAAACACCAGCUACGGUAUUAUGAUUCAAUGGAUGAUGCAUGCUGUAGGGGCCAUAUUGACCUUGCAGAAGUGGAAAGUGUGAUACCUGCUUCACCAACGAUUGGUGCUCCAAAACAUGCUAAUGAAAAAGCAUUCUUUGAUCUGAAAACAAGUAAACGUGUCUACAAUUUCUGUGCCCAAGAUGCACAGAAUGCCCAGCAAUGGAUGGACAGGAUACAGAGUUGCAUUUCAGAUGCGUAGCAAGGAAUGUCAGUUUGCUGCCAACAGUGGAAAGGAAAUGCAAUUUCAACAUGCAUGAGUAACUGUGGAUUGUGUGAAAAUGGUUAUUGCAAAUCAAGCAGCCUUAUAUUCAGCCAUAAAAGCAUAGUAUUUCCUUAAGUUUGUCAUUUGUAUAUAAAGACUCUGUUUCCACAUGGUGGGCACUCAAGACUGAUAACCUUUUUGCCUGGACAACAUUUCUCUUUAAUACAAUUCCAAGCUUGGCGAUCUGUCAGGAUUGCACUAAGAUAGAUUCAUAUCAGCAGUGUUUAAUCCUGAAUAUUUAUGAAUCAUUUCCCCACAAAUAACCCUCUGUUUUCCACUAAGUGUCUUGCUUCACACAGAGGAGUUUAUUUUCACAUUAAUUUCUUUUUUGGGGAGGGCAGUAUACAAUCCUUCAGUGCCUCUAGAUUUCAAAGUUGAUAGAUAUACAUUGCUGACAGUUGUGAGGCACUUACAUUACAGAUAAACAUAAAAUGUUAAGAUACUAUUUCCUUUUUUGCUAGUAGUUUUCUGAUCUUUUCCCCCCAGAAAUAACUAAAUAUUAAUUAAAGAAUACAUUUUUCCUUUGUAUUCUCUCUUCCUGUUGCAGCAGAUCAGUGGAAAUAAAAGCAAACCAGACAAGAGAAGGAGCCUAUUACAAAUCAGAUCUGGCAAGGAAAGAAGCCUGAGAAAUAUAAACUUGUAUAGUAACUUAUGUGCUAUUCUCUUCAUUGUAAAAUGAAAUAACACAAUGAUAAAUGCACUAAACAAAAAGAACACUUGCACUGAAAUCCUUGAAAACAGACAUUUUGAAGGACAAAAGUAAAUUAUUUAUAGCAAAAUGCUAGCUAGAUAACGAGUGAUUACAGAUAAUGAAUAUGUACAUAAUUGGGCUUAAUAUGAUGUGAUUUGAUACUUUAAAAACAUUUUUGCACAUAAAUUGGAAGAAUGUUUUUAGUUUGUUUUUACAUUUGCUAACCUUGUAUUUGUUCAUCUUUAAAAAUCUUUGAGGAAAUUUUGUUGUUUUGGGUUUUUUACUCUCUAAAAUUAAUACAAGUUUCACUUGCUACAACCUGUGAUGAGUUUUUACUGUGGAGUCUCUACAUAGUUAAAAUGCAAUGUCUUCAUUUUGAAUACUAAGAUGCUAAAUAUCAAAUUUAUAUGUCAAAGUUUAUAUAUACGUACUAAGUACUUCCUAGGGUUUAGUAAUGUUGCUUAUAACUCAAUGGCUGUGUUUACAUGUAAUACUAAACCAUGGUUUAGCAUUACGAGGACAAAUCACAGCAAACCAUGGGCUUCUGCCCUAGCCCCUUCUGCUAUUUAGCGUCCUUCAGUUCUAUUUUAGAUUAACUACAACUUGUCAUGCUAUCAGAACUCAAACAAACUGUAGUUAGUCUUCUUAUUGCUUAAUGGAAAACAAGUAAAUGUCAAACCAUAAUUUAUGAAUCUGGCUUGUUUUCCCUACUGGUAGUUCAUGUAAAACUGAAGCAAAAAUAUCCAGUCUCCUUCCUCCAGAGAAGGAAGAUAUAGCAAGAGUAGAAUCCCAAGACCCACUGUGCCUUGUCCUUGCAAUAUUUGGCUGUGAUUUAGCAUUACAUAGAAACCAGGCCAAUAACAACUAACCAAGCUGACUUCAUUUAUAGGAUUUCAGUUACUGAAAUUCUUUUACUUUUUAAAAAAACACACACUAUUUUUCUAGCGAAUAGUGAAUACAGAUUGCAGACUGUAUGCAUAAUAGGAAAUGCAUCUGUAGUUUUAAUAUAUUUGAAAUUACAAACAAAAAGGAAUGAAGGAUUCUUUUCCUAGCAUUUUCAUCAGACAAACCAUCCCCUGGUAAAACUGGUGUUUGCACAUUCAUGCAUUUUUAUUUGUAUAUGAAGUACUUUUUAUGUACUUUAUGUAAUAUUGAUCCUGUUUGUUCUAAAGUUGUUUAAAAUUUACACUACACUACUUACAUGGUUGUAACUAGAAAAUUUUAAUUAUUUUAUGUAUAUUACAUAACUAGUAUAUGCUAACCAAUUUGUAAUAAAGAUACUUCAUAAGAAAACAUUCCUUCUUUACUUUACACCAGUAGUAUAGUACAAUAAAUAUUUGACAGCAUCUAAUUGUACAAUUAAAUUAUAUCCCAAAUUUCUCUGUAAAAAAUGUGUAUUUUUGUACAGCAAGUGCCCUCUUGCAUGUGAAAAACUGUUCUUAAGUCUAUUUUCCCAUUGUUAAACUCAAAAAGUCCAUGAAUAACUUAGCCAUAUCACUGUUAUUAUCUACUGGGAAAGUUGUGCUUCAUUCUGUGUUGAGUGAAUAAAUAAAAAAACUGUAUGCAACAUCAAUAUCAUGAAAAUAAUGUAACAGUAGUUGGUUAUUCAAGUCCGCCACAGGAUAGCUCAAAAAGUUUCGUUUUUUGAAGAGAAAUAUUUGGCUAUCAAAACUUUUUUCACGUCACAGAAUAAACACACAUGCUUCAUCGAAAAAUUAUACGCUUCAUUAUAUUACAGCAACAUCUACUCAAAUAUGUCUAAUAACGAAAUUUAAAAAAACAACCAAAUACCUUGUUUAUUAAGAACAUAAUUGAAACAUCUGCUUUUUGUUUCAUUUCUAUGAAAGAAAAAACACAACUAAAUUGAAUAAUAACUUGAUCCCAUUUCCUGUCUAGAUUAAUACAUCUCCUCUGAACUUCUUGGCAUUUUGGUACAUGAACAGCUUAUCUGAUGGUGUGUCAGCAAUGGGAAUGCCUUGGUACUGUUUUAUGUUCUAAAUUAGCACUGUGGAACAUGGGGAAUGCAUUAUGUAUUGUUUUAUUCACAUAUCUGUUUACUGAAAGCUUUAUCUAAGAACUAUGAACA